CGGUUACUCCUCUUCCUUGUUUUGGUCUCCGGAUUGACCGAAUUCGUCCUGCUGGUGUCCUUUCCACGCCGCCGAUUUUCUUGGAUUUCGAUUGUUUUAGCGAUACCACGCCGCAAACAUGGUCAGUGUGGAUAACACUAAGCGGAUUGCGGCGUUCCUGGAAGUGCCGCUGGGAAAAGUUGGAUACAACUCGGAAAAAAUUCUCACCCGUACCAAGUCGGCCAAAGAACCCAGCAUUUCGGGGUUUUCCUCGAUCAUCCAAUCGCUUGUGAGAGAAACGAAGAAGCCGGUGGUUGGGCCCAUCCCGCGGGACUUUGAGGUCGAAUGCGAAAUUCUGCAGUGGCUGGAUUAUGCCGUUCUCUUCGUGGCCCCUUCAAACAAGGAUAAACACGUCGCUAAGGCUCUGCUGGAGGAACUCAAUCAUUACUUGCAAAGUCGAUCGUAUCUAGUCAACGAUACUCUCAGCAUAGCCGACGUUGUAGUGUUCCAUACCAUCUAUGACACAAUGGCUAAUCUACAACCACUGGAGAAGGAAAGCUAUUUGAACGUGUCGCGCUGGUACCAUCAUCUGCAGCAGCUGGACGACGUUCGCCAAGGAAAGGUGCUGCUUAACUUUUCCACCCUACAGCUGUUGGAAUGGGCCACCGGAACGCAUACCUAAGGUAUCCCAUUGAACCCCGAAACUGCCCAAGCACCGCUAUGGUCUCUAUGCUUACUCUUGCAACGUGAGUUGUCUCUUAUUAUUUGAUGGGAACGAUACGUUCCACAUUAUCAAAUAGAAAUGAAUAAUAAAUUAUGAGAAACAAUUAAAAGAAACCAAUUUU